AGCCGCGGAUUUGAUUUUACGCAGCUAACAAGCUAGCGCGUACUACAGUAACGUUACUACAGUUUGACACAUUGUUUUGUUUUUCUGUCUCUAAGAAUGAAACACCUUUGAUAGUCAAAACGUCGACUUAAAAACAAUCAAAAUGAAUCUCGACAGACUUCGGAAGCGAGUGCGGCAGUACAUCGACCAGCAACAGUAUCAAAGUGCUCUGUUUUGGGCCGACAAGAUAGCAUCCCUCUCUCGCGAGGAUCCACAGGAUAUCUACUGGCUAGCUCAGUGCCUUUACUUGACCUCACAGUACCACAGAGCCUCCCAUGCCCUCCGUUCACGAAAACUUGACAAGCUGUAUGGAGCUUGUCAGUAUCUUGCUGCUAGGUGCCAUUAUGCUGCCAAAGAGUUCCAGCAGGCCUUGGAUAUCCUGGAUGCAGAGGAGCCAGCUUGUAAGAAGCUGCUGGACAGUAGUGGGAAGGAGGACAGUGGGACAACAGAGUCAACCAAGGACUGGGACAUGUCCCCUGCUUCUAUCAACAGCUCCAUCUGCCUCCUGCGGGGUAAGAUCUAUGAUGCCAUGGACAACAGGCCACUGGCCACCUCCAGCUACAAAGAGGCCUUGAAACUGGAUGUGUACUGCUUUGAAGCCUUUGACCUUUUAACUUCACACCACAUGUUGACUGCACAGGAAGAGAAAGACUUCCUCGACUCACUUCCUCUGAGUCAACAGUGCACCGAAGAAGAGGAGGAGCUGUUGCACUUCCUAUUUGAGAAUAAGUUAAAGAAGUAUAACAAGCCCAGUGAUUUGGUGGUGCCAGAGAUGGUCAAUGGUCUUCAGGACAACUUGGAUGUAGUGGUGUCUCUUGCUGAGAGGCAUUAUUAUAACUGUGAUUUCAAGAUGUGCUACAAACUCACAUCAAUGGUGAUGGUUAAAGAUCCCUUCCAUGCCAACUGUCUGCCAGUCCACAUAGGAACUCUGGUAGAGCUCGGAAAAGCAAAUGAGUUGUUUUACCUCUCGCACAAACUUGUAGACUUGUAUCCCAACAACCCAGUUUCCUGGUUUGCUGUUGGGUGCUAUUAUCUCAUGGUUGGCCAUAAAAACGAACAUGCUCGGCGCUACCUUAGCAAAGCCACCACCCUGGAGAGGACAUAUGGUCCUGCAUGGAUUGCCUAUGGUCAUUCAUUUGCAGUAGAAAGUGAGCAUGACCAAGCCAUGGCUGCCUACUUCACUGCUGCCCAGCUGAUGAAAGGGUGUCACUUACCCAUGCUGUACAUUGGCCUAGAGUACGGUCUGACCAACAACUCCAAGCUAGCAGAACGUUUCUUCAGCCAGGCUCUGAGUAUCGCUCCAGAGGACCCAUUUGUCAUACACGAAGUGGCAGUGGUUGCCUUUCAAAACGGAGACUGGAAGACAGCAGAGCGGUUAUUUCUUGACGCAAUGGAGAAGAUCAAAGCCAUAGGGAAUGAGGUAACAGUGGACAAAUGGGAGCCUUUGUUAAACAACUUGGGCCAUGUGUGUCGAAAAUUGAAAAAGUACGACCAGGCUCUGGAGUACCACCGUCAGGCACUGGUGUUAAUCCCUCAGCAUGCCUCCACCUAUGCUGCCAUAGGAUAUGUGCACAGCCUCAUGGGCGACUUUGAGAGUGCGAUUGACUACUUCCAUACGGCACUUGGACUGAAAAGGGACGACACGUUUUCUGUGACAAUGCUUGGCCACUGCAUUGAGAUGUACAUUGGUGACACAGAUGCCUACAUAGGCACCGACCUCAAUGACAAGGUGCGAGGAAGCUUGAACACUCCGGCACUGAUGAAGAUGCUGAACACAUCAGAACCCAGCGAGCUUCUAGCCACGCCAAGACUGGAGGACACCAGCAUUGCGUCCUUGGAAACGCCACUGUCAAAUCAGGACAAGAUGAUGCUGGAAACACCCCUGCGACUCUCUUUAACCUUGGAGUGUGACAUGUAUGAAAGCGACGUGAUGUUAGAGACCUUGUCCGACACCAGCACGUGAUUGCAUCCUGUCAAGGGGUGGAACUGUUGUAGCAACAGGUCGUCUUAGGUACACAUAUCCAAGCCCAAGAACAACUUUCAAACCUAAACUUGGGCACUUCUCCUCCACCAAAGGUUUCUUGUGGAUUUCCCUUCUUGUGCAUUAGAUAUGGCUGUGUUGUGUAGUGUGUUGUUGUGUAGCAUAAAAGUGGGUGAGUGAAUUUAUGUACAGCACCUGCUGUACAUCAGAUCAAUUUAGCAAGAAUGCACUUUUAAAGGGGAAUUAACAUGUGCCUUGGUUAAGGGGUUGAGAAUGAAGAUUGGACGUUGGGUUAAGCCUGAAGUCACUGGGAAGAUGUGAUACUUUGACACUUGAUUGAACGGAGCAAACACAGCCGUACGCCUCAUCUCACUAUUAAAAGACUAAAGUCACUUAUUACUGCCUAUGGCAGGACCUUCCGUGUUGCUUAACCUGUGGAUUUUCACCUUGAAUAAAGAGCCAGCUCAAGACAAGCAGUUUGGGUGAAAACAGUUACUGGUAAUUAAA